AUGGGCGUGAUCGUCGCGCGCGGCGCGCGCGCGACAUCGCGCGCGAUCGCGGGACGGAGGAAAGGGCGAAUCUCGCGCGCGCGCGAGCGACGGCGCCCGCGACGAGUGCGAGACGCGGGAGAAAUCAACCCUCGCGGCGUCUCAACCGUCGUCGACGCGGCGCCGGCGCCGCCGGACGGAUACGCGGAGUUUGCGAUCACGCGAUCGAUCUCCCUGGGCGUUCGCGACGCGCCGACGGUGUCGAGGUCGAGCGUGACGUCCACGAGCGUGCGCGCGUGGUUGGAGGACCCGGUGAACUUUGUGGGGGUCGUGUUCGGCGUCGCGGACGUCACGGAGGUCGCGAAAGAGAGCGAACGGGGUGGACGGGCGUUUUUAGUGCGGGUGCGCCCGCGCGAGCUGUUCAAGUGGGAGAUAUCGCCCGAAUUUGCGAUCGAGGCGGUGCGGGCGAGCGGCGACGGCGGAGCGCGAUUGAUCGGCGACGAGCUUCGAUUCGGCGGUGAUCGCGCUCGUCUACCCCCGGGAUUUCGCUCGAUGGGGGUGUGGGCGAGAAUAGACGCCGUUGUGAGCGUGGACGAGGAGAAUUCGACCGAAGACGAGACGACCGUGCGCACGGAGGUGAACGUACGCGUGGCGGCGGAGAUACCGCGACUGUUGCGGGCGAUUCCGGGAUUUUCAUCGGCGGCGACGAUGACGAUCGGGCGGUCGAUCGAUAUCGUCGGCGGGUCGAUCGAGGAGGCGACGCAGGCGACGUACGAUGCGUGGGCGGCGAAGCGCGCGAGCGAAGCGGAUUAA